UAUAGCGCCACUCGGCUUCCGUACAGGCUCGCAUGCGACAACAGAAGGUCAGACAUGGCGGCCUGCGCCAAAGGACUCGAUAAGUUUAUGUUUUCCCUGCGGUUGUUACGAAACCUCCAGCUCCAGAAUGAACGGUCCUUGUCCACUUCUGUGUGUCGUCCUGCUGCGGGCAGUAACAACGAGCCUUCCAAAUUCACUCCUCCACCGAAGCCUGUCAUCAUAGAUAAAACACAAACUGCGGCAUCUCUGCGAAAGUUUCUGAGCCCAGAGUUCAUCCCUCCUCGACAGCGAACAGACCCUCUGAAGUUUUCCAUUGAGAGGAAAGACAUGAUCCGCCGGAGGAAAGUGCUCAACAUUCCCGAAUUCUACGCAGGGAGUAUCCUGGCGGUGACCAUGGCCGACCCUAAUGCCAGUGGGAAAACUAACCGCUUUGUUGGAAUCUGCAUCCAGAGGGGCGGUAAAGGGCUGGGCGCAACGUUUGUCCUAAGGAACAUCAUUGAUAACCAAGGUGUGGAGAUUUGCUAUGAGAUGUAUAGUCCUCGUAUCCAGAAUAUUGAGGUGCUGAAGCUGGAAAAAAGGCUGGAUGACAACCUGAUGUAUCUGAGAGAUGCUCUGCCCGAGUACAGCACUGUGGACCCUGACAUGAAGCCUGUGCCCAUCUCCCCUACCGGAGAGGUGCCUGUCAACAAGAUCAAGGUAAGGAUGCGCCCAAAACCAUGGUCAAAACGCUGGGAACGACCCAAGUUCAACGUCCAGGGCAUCCGGUUCGACCUGAGCCUGACCCCGGAGCAGAUGGAGCAUGCCCAGAAGUGGGCACAGCCUUGGCAGGAGUACGACAUGCUGAAGGAGUACGACACGUGCAAACUGGAGGAGCAGAUCUUCAGUGAGGUCCAGCGGGAGAUGAGCAAGUGAGGGAGAGCCUCCUAAAAUGCAAACGUUUUUCAGUCAAGCAUCAACGCAAGAAUGGGGAAAGACUGGAAUAUGAGGUUCGCGUGGACGUGGAACACUCUGCUGGAAGUUCAUCCAGAUGUUAACCGCAGCCACAGAAGUGUAUAUAAAGGAGGAGCCAAUAUGGAAACUUGUGUUGUAUUCUGAGGAGUCAUGCUUCCUUCACUUUGUCUUAUCCAACAGUCUGCUGUACUGUAUGAGUUCAUUCAUUAGUGACUGGCCUUAGCUUUGACAUUUACCAUUUUGCAGAUAUUAAGUGGUUUCUAUAAUACAAGAUAUUAAACAUCCAACCUUCGGAAUUGCAUCAUGUUA